AUGUCUUAUUCCAGUUUGGUCGCAAUUCAGCCAAUGGAAGCUACUAAUCUCUUAUCAACUUUGGAACUUCUGUGUGCACCCAAGAAGCUUGAUCGUGAAAAAGGCGAAGAUCAGCUGAAUAACAUAUCACUAACAUCUGACGAAGUUAAGUUGGUGUCAAGUUGGAUAGAAGAAAAGUUGGAAGGGCUGUCUAAUUGGGAAGACGUCUUUGGUGGGAUCACCGCAGCUAUCAUCCUACUUCGCAAUGUCGAUUAUCGAUCUCUGGUAGAUGUUGGUAUUGUCGGUAAAUUAGAAGAUCAUGCAGUUGAAUGUCAUGAUAACCCUGAAUUCCGAGUUCGGAUAGCUGCAGGUCAACUUAUGGGUUCCCUCUGUCGACAUGCUGGAUUAUCUUUGUUCAUCCGGUACUUACCCACUGUAAUUCAGGGUGUCGUCACUAAUUUAGAAAGAAAUACUGAAGCCCCUGUAUCUGAAGCUGAGUUAUCUCUACGAGAGCUCAACUUAGCUAAGGAAUGCAGUACUAAUUUGAGCAGCAGUUCUCUAUCUAUUUUCCAUGAUACAGCAGGUUGGAAAAACUUGGAAACAUGGAUGAAGUGUUUACAGGAAAUGGUUUCAAAUCUUCCAUCCAAGGAUUUCAUUAAAGUGGAUAGAACUAUUAUUUUGGAACUUAUUUUUAAAGCUGUUCAGCACGUCAAUCGUUUUGUUCGUGAAACAGGUUAUGAUGUUUUAUCAACAAUGAUUUCUCGUCAUUUAUGUUACACGGAGCCAGAAGCAAAGGAAGCAACUUAUAUCAACGUUGCAACUCAACUCGCUAAGGGUUUAUCAGAUAAUUGGAGUCAAGUCCGCAUGGCCGCUUCCAGAGCAGUACGAACUCUUUUUGAGGUUGAUCCUCCCUCUGGAUAUACGAGAGAUGAUAUUUACCCUAUUCUUUUACCAGCUAUGUGUUUAAACAGAUAUUACGUUGCUGAAGGCGUCAGGAUUUAUAGUCAAGAUACUUGGUGUCGUGUUACUCAAGGAGAAGGUCGAAAGUUACUUGGUCAAUAUUUAGUUCCAGCUGUCGAUUAUUACAUUCAACAAAGUGAUGCCGAUAAUCAUGCGGUUCGUGAGGCUUCUUGUGCGUCUAUGGCUGAGAUUGUAACUAAAUUAGAUCCAAAUUUGCUACUACCGUGUGUCAGUAAAUUGCUCGAUGCCUUAAUUGUAUGCUUUGGAGAUGAAAGUUGGCCAGUAAGAGAUGCGGCCUGUGUUGCACUUGGUUCAUUGAUUUCCACCUUUCCUAACGAGACACGCGCGGCUGGCUACGAUAAUUUAAUGGCUACACAAUUCUUACGAAACCUUAGUGAUAGUAUUCCAUCAGUCCGUGAUGGUGCAGCUAAAUCGAUUGCUGCGAUUUUAAAAUCAGUUGGUGAUCAAAAUUUAUUCCAACAUUAUAUCAAUCAUAUCGUAGAGAAAAUUGAUGGAUUAAGCAAACAGCCUAAAGAAUCUCAUGGUGCAGAAUCUAGUCGUGUAUCUGGGAAGGGACCAGGAGCAUCUCAUGUUACUGUUCACAGUGGAGAUGCUGCUCAUGAUAGUCGUCAUACUGAUCAAGUUAUGUACUCCUGUGGAUCCUUGGCCCCGAAGCUUCAGAAAGGUCGAAAAGGUGGUGGUUGUCAUAAUGGUCUUCAUCAACGUGCCAGUGAACCUUGGGAAGAGGCUGAUGGCGCAAUUCGCUUGAUCGGUCAAAUAUCAGACAAGUUCCCAAACCGAGUCACUGACGAUUUGAUUGAGCAACUAUUGAAGGGUUGUGAACAUCGAAAUUAUACACAUUAUCCUUAUUUUUUAGAAACUGCUUGCGAUGUAAUUGUACAGCUGUGUAAUCAUCUCGAAAAACCUCAAUUUAAAAAAUAUAUGGAUGCGUUUCUGGAAGUAUUGGCAACCGCAGUAGAAAGCAAGUUACCGCUGGCUGUUAAUGCUGCAUCGGAAUGCCUUAAAUCUAUAGGAAAUCGUUUUGGUCCAACCGUGCUACGUGGUCGAAUUGAAAGUCACAUUAAUGCAUUUGUUUCUGAAAACCUAGUUGAUUUAUUACCUCCUGUGUAA